AUGUUGUCGAAUAUGCCACGCCUCUCCCCCGUUUCCUCCAAACCCAUCCUGAAAUCUGCCUCCCAACAGGUCCCGAAAGUCGCAUGUUCGAUGGGACCUUGCAGAUAUCUAACUGCGACAACACCCGCAGAGAAGAAUGUAACCCUGCUCCAGGAUAAGAAGAAUGGAUUCGGGUUCGCACGGUCCAACCCUAGGCCGCCAAAGCCGAGGAGCAAGGGUGUCACCGAGAUCAGGGGCCCGUACUACACGUUUGCAGGAGGUAGGUGCAGCGUCGAGUCUUGUCGAACCAACGAUCUGACCCCGGUUAUAGGCUCUUUUUCACUGUUUCAGGAGAAGCCCUUGAGGGAGCUGAUUGAUCUGGCUCAUGAGCAUGGCGUUUAUGUUUCGACGGGUGGAUGGGCCGAACACCUCCUCACUCAUCCAGAUACAAAUGCUGUCUUUGACAAAUACUUCCAGAAGUGCAGGGACCUAGGCUUUGACGUAGUCGAGCUCUCAUCCGGCUUCCUAUCACUCCCCGAAGACGACUGGCUGCGCCUCGUCGACAAAGUCCACGCAUACAAGUUAAAAGCGAAGCCCGAGCUGGGUAUUCAAUUCGGCGCAGGCGGCGACACCCCAGCCGCCGGCCUAGAGGCAACCGGCACCUCGGAUCCUGGAAAGCUGGUCAGCUUAGGCCAUAAGUUCCUCAACGCGGGGGUAGAGCGCCUGAUGAUCGAGUCCGAGGGCAUCACGGAGAAUGUACAGUCCUGGCGCACGGAUGUGGUGUCCACGAUCAUGAAGGAAUUGCCGUUGGAGCGCGUAAUGUUUGAGGCUGCAGAUCCAAAGGUCUACAAUUGGUAUAUCCGGGAGUUUGGUAUUGAUGUCAACCUUUUUGUCGACCAUAGUCAGAUUGUGCAGCUGUCGUGCUUGCGACAUGUGGUCACCGCGCCUCCGGGUGGCCGGCUACGAUGCCGACGAGCGUGCGAUAGUUGUAAGCGGAGGAAGCAGAAAUGCAAUGGAGAGCAACCAUGCACAAUCUGUGUUCAACGCCACAAAGAAUCAGAAUGCCAUUUUUCGGACAAGCCGGCCCGCUUGCUGAAGCCCAGCGAGAGCUCGAAAGAUACAAUGUUGCUCAGCGAACGCCUUGUGCCUACUCCGCAAAGACAAACCGCCAUGGACCGACUGCUGAACUCCCUCGAAGAUCGUAGCGCAAAUCUAGAACAACAGGUGGUGGAUGAUAAAGACGGGACGGCUCCGGUUCCGAAGGUGGCCAGGCUUCUUCGCGAUGGACAAGGUAAAUUCAUGUACAUUGGCGACUCCGCGAGUUUGUCCUUUCUCCAAAGUGUCCGUCGCAUAGUAUCCUCGUCAAUUGGCCGUUGCGAAUUCACGGAAGAUAAUUCACGCCAUUCAAUGCUUGAGGCUUUUCAAAGUAGCUCCACUACACAGACGGGACCAUUGAUACCGCCCCCAAGAAAUGAAGAAGCUCAACAAUUGGCUCGCCAAUAUGUUCUUGCAACUAGUCCCCUAUUGAAUCUCUUUGACCUUGAGGAAUUCCAUCCACGACUGGCCAAUUGGAUUGAGAACCCAACGGGCGACGAAGACACCGUGAGCUCAAUAUUUUAUCUAGUGCUCGCCAUUGGGGCCCAAGUAUCGGAUACCAACCACACCCUGGCGGAGAAAUACUUUAUCAGUGGGCGUCAGCUGGCAUUUUCGGCUUUUACGGAGACCCCCAGCAUCUCCACUAUACAGUCAUAUGUCCUCAUUUCAAUGUAUAUGCUGGGUGCUUGCCGUCGCAACGGCGCUUUCAUGAAUCUGGGAAUUGCUCUUCGUGCCGCGUAUGCGGUCGGCAUCCACAGGAAAGAUGCGAACACGCUCUUCUGCACGCGAGAGCGGCGUGCCCGGGAACGUGUGUGGAAAAGCCUGCGCAUGAUGGAUCUCUUCCUCAGCGCCUCUCUGGGUCGCCCUCCAGCCACGACGGACUUUGACUACGACCCACACGAUGGCAACACGCCAGGGGCACAACAGCGCCUGCAGCCGGAAGAGCAACUUUCCCUGACGGUUGUUUCGCUAUGUCGUAUUUUCGAGCGGAUCCUUACGGAAGUUUACAUGAGGCAGGUGGUGUCGAUUAGUGUUGCGGACAGCAUCUCGAAUCAACAUCGCGCGUGGGUCCGAAACCUGCCAACCUUCCUACGAAUGCAGACAGAACGACUUGAUGCUGCCAAAACUCUCGAGGACACCUUGGCUGCAGCCCAUAUAUUCGGCUCGUAUUACUGGUCGAUUAUUCUGUUGACCCGGCCAUUCCUGGUCUUCCGAGUCUCUCAGUAUGUGAAAAAUAAAAGCGAGUCAGGACUUUCCGAGAGUAAAGUCAACAACUCGCGACUCUCGCUUUUUGCCGAUGCAUGCGUUUAUUCCGCAUUGCGCAGUCUCAACGUCGUUGACGAUCUCUCUCAAUACUCGUCCCUGCCGCGAAGGCUUCCAUUCUUAAUCAAUUCCGUUUUCAACUCGGCUGUUGUCUUAGGGGCGGCAUUCUUUGCUGACUAUGACAAUCUGCUCCCACUGGAAGAGGGCUUGAACAAGGCCGAAAAGUUCCUUGGUUUGUUCGUUCCGCAUGAUCCUCAUGCCUGCCGCUUUUUCCAAAUCAUCAAAUACCUGCGAGGUGCAGUUGGUGAAUACGUCCGCCGCCGGAAUCGUCAAUGGAUGGAACGUCGUAGCAAACAAGUCGACCAGCUUUUUGGCGAAGUAGGCCCGUCCAACGAAGCUUCAAGCACUAGUAAUAACCACCACACCAUUUCAACCAACCGCGGGGAUCAAGCAACAGUCCCGUCUCCUCUAUCCCCAGACAAAUUUGCCGACGGGCCCCUCCCCUCCCAAUCUAUAGAGCAAACAACUGCUACAGCCCACCCUGAUGACGGUAUCUGGGAUGCCUUAUGUGCCACUGAAGGACCCUUCCCAUACGACACAGCCAUUUCCACUUUGACGACGACAGGCAUUCCCAUCGGUUGCUCACCAGGAGGUACAAUCCCUACUGGCCCACAUGGAAUGCCGGACAACGAAGGCCAAACACCUCUCUCUGAUAUGAUCCUUUCAGAUAAUGGACUCCUCUAUAUGGCGGAGGAUCUUCCUGUGUUCGGGCUUUGGGGAGAGACUUGA